UGUUUCCUCUGUCCGCCCCUCGUUCUCUAAAAAGGAAGCGACUUCCAAAGGAUGCAAAAAAAAUAGUGUUUACAUGCUCCGAGCCUCUCUGUUGUUGUGGCGGCUCUGAGCGCUGAAACUGCGGCACAAUGAGCUCCGUGCAGCUGCUGCGGAUGUCGGUACACGAGCGGAUCAGCGCCGCCGCCGAGGACGUCCUACGGCAUCUGGACAGCGGGAGGAAAGCGGCCAAACUCCGGGCGCACGGCGCUCUGAUAGCCGCGCGACUCGCCGCUGCGGCGGAGGAAAUCUUCGGUCUGUUUCAGGAAACUUUGGCGGAGUACGAGGAGAGGCUGCGGCGGUCGGAGCAGGAGAUCUGCCGCCAGAGGAGGCAGCUGGACGUCCUGCUGAAUCCUCAGAUCAUAGCGCACACACCUGAACAAUCGCUGCUAUUUAGAGGCGCUGCGGCACCUGCGGCCAGCGACUACCCGUCCGCUUCCGGUCCGCUUCACAAUAAAAGCCCCGCAGAUCAGAGUGAAGAGGAAGCUGAAGACGCAGACCUGAAGAUUGUGACCCUUGACGACUCGGACGUCCCGCCCCAGUUGGACCCACCUUCCUGCCCUUCAUCGCCGCGCUCUUCUUCACCGUCCAGCAACGCGCCGGUCUCUGGGGACACCGAUGAGGACGACGACUGGAUGGAGAGCCAGUCUCCCAGAUCCGCAGGCAGAAGGAGAAGGGGACGGCCUUUUGACUCAGUGGGGAAAAAGAGGAGAGGUCGGCCCCCCGUGGGAUCUGUGGGGAAACUGGAAAGAAGUCCCACUCUUGGUUCUGUUGGGAAAAAGAAGCGAGGGCGGCCUGUUGGAUCUUUGGGGAAGAAGAAGAGAGAACUUCUGGAUCUCGAACCUUUAGGGCGUUGGGAAAAAACGAAAGCGCACUCCUCCCACGGAGCGUUUCAGCUGCUACGUCUGCGCGCGCCUUUGUCCCGGGAAAGGCUUCCUGCUGCAGCACGCCCUCAGGGUCUGCGGCGGGAAUGCGGACCGGCGCUGCGGCUUCUGCGGCGAGCACUCAGACUCCGCCGACAGCCUCGCGGCUCACCUGCAGGCUCACCAGCAGAACACCAAGACGUGCUCCGUCUGCGGGAAAACGUUCUCCUCCAUCAGGGCGCAGGAGCUGCACUUCCGCAUCCACACCGGGGAGAAGCCGCACGCCUGUCCCGAAUGCGGCAAACGGUUCAGGCAGAAGAGCAACCUGAUGUCUCACACGCUGGUUCACGCUGCCGAGAAGCCCUUCAAGUGUAAGCAGUGCCCCCGCGCCUUCUGCCACAUGACCUCGCUGGAGCGCCACAUGGAGGAGCACAACCAAGAGCCCGUCCUCUCCUGCGGCCUUUGCAGUCAGGAGUUCAGCAAGCGGAAAGACCUGCGGAAGCACACGGCCACCGUCCAUCAGGACACGGUUCCUAAAGCGAAUAAAGGCCGCACCUCGGUGCUGUCCAACUGCAAGGUGUGCGGGGAAGCCUUUGACCGGAAGCUGCUGCUGGUUCGACACGCGGGGACUCACGUUCAGGACCAGAACUGCUGCUGCGGCGUCUGCGGAAACCAGUGCGACUCCAUCGACGGCCUCGUCGCUCACCUGCGCUUCCAUCGGGUCGCAGCCAGGACCUGCGAGACCUGCGGCAAGUCCUUCCCGGGCCGAUCGGCGCUGCUGAUGCACCUGCGGAUCCACACCGGGGAGAAGCCCUUCGCCUGCAGCUUCUGCGAAAAGGCCUUCAACCAGAUCGGCAACCUGAAAAUGCACCUGAAGAUCCACACGGGCGAGCGGGCCUUCUCCUGCAGCAUCUGCGGGAAGGGCUUCACCCAGAAGAACAGCCUGGACACCCACAUCCGCUUCCACAACAAGGAGAGGCGGUUCCUCUGCCAGGUGUGCGGGAAAGGCUUCAUGCAGGACGUGGACCUGAAGAGACACAUCCUCAUCCACACCGGAGAGAAGCCGUACGAGUGCAGGGUCUGUGGGAAGAGCUUUCAGGCCCGGCGGUCGCUCAACGGUCACGUCAAAGUGCACAAAGCCAGCGGGAACGUGGACGAGGCAGAGGAUCAGAGGACGGACAGCUUUUUACCUGGAAGCCUCCAGCUGUAGAUUAAGAGAAAACCCUUUCUCCGUCAAGGUUGUUUUUUUUUUCCUCCACCAUUUCCUCCAGGGCUGAACGUGGAUUUGUUCUCGCCGUUCAUCAGUUCUGUCUGUUUCCGCCAUCAUGUUGCUGGUUUAGGGGAUGAAAGAAACGUGUGAUCAGGAGCUGAAGGCGGGAUUAAAUGGGGCCUAGUCACGUGACAAACAUUGUCCGGUUAAAUUAUCAUGCCCUGUUGGUAGGGCUGGGCGAUAUGGACCACGAACAAUAUCUCAAUAAUUUUAGGCUUAGUGCCCAUGUACGACAUUUAUCUUGAUAUGUUUUUCUUUUCUUAAAGUAAUUAUUAAGAUGGGCAUCUGUGAAUCAAAGCUUUAUCCCACAUGUCUCACAGACAAAUUUUUAAACAAACAGUUGUAGAUAAAUAUGAGAAACAGCUGAAAAAUAACCUACUGGAAUACAUUAAAGUAUAAUUAUAACGCAACAUAGAUACAAAACCUAUAGUCUCAUAUCUCCUUUGAAAAAAGUCUUGAUAUUUUUAAAAUCUCAAUAUACUGCCCAGCCCUACUUGUUGGCAUGUUAUAUUAUAUUUCUGUGUUUUAUACCUUGUUUUUUUUCUCUCUAUUUGUUUGUAAACAAAACUUUUUUUUUUGAGUACAUUUACAACAACAAGACCACAUGACCGGAGGUACGAUUUUGCGCACAAUGAGUAAACAAGGAGAAGCAAUGGAGCCGGGCGAGUCAGACUCUCUCUGACACUUGAGUCUUGCUCAAGGACACUAUUGAGGAAGUCAGUGGGGGUUUGAACCGGCAGACCCGCCUGUUACAGGAUAAACUCCCUUGGUCCUGCACCACUGUCACCCAAAGUUCCACGGUACUGCCAGCAGAUGGCGCAACAAUGUUUAUGUCCUCAGAUCACGCCCAGCGCAAAGUUCUUUUCAGGCUCAAGAAGGACUGAAUAAACACUAAAUCUUGGCAUAUAGACGAAUUAAAGGAGCAAUAAGUGAAAUAUCAUUUUAGAUAAAACUGAAAAAUGUUUUUUGAAGAACUAAAGAUAUUUUUUUUGGAUGGACUAUGGUUAAAUGUUGCACUAUUCCUCUGUAUUGUUCUCCAAUCUUUUAAAAUAAAAUACCAAAAUCUUGUUUUGGUCCACAGACAGAUCUCAAGCUUCACCUAGUGGUGAAAAAUCACUUAUUGCUCCUCUAAUUUUUUGUUUUUGUUUUCUUUUUAUGGUCAAGAUACGUGACAAGGCCCCCUUUAAGCAGAACAACAACCAACGAGGUUCAUUUGAGCACUAUUGUUGCAUUCCAUUUGCCUCAGAAAACGAAAAACAGGAGCUGGGAACGAAAGCAACAGUGUUCCAGUUAACACAGCCGGGAUUCCAGAAUAAAAAAAUAAAAAGUUUAGGAUUCCAAUUUGGCGAUAUCCAGGAAAGCUGUGGCUUUGUCGUUUGUGCCUCUUAUAAUCGUCCUUUAAAGCUGUACUUUCCACAUGCACACAAAACUCGUAAUUUGUUCAUAUCAGAGUUGCAGCCGCUACGUGUAUCAUUGAUUUUAGAUGAGCUCUUACAACUGUGUCUUGUAAAAUAACAAUAUUUUAUCACAGCUUAUUGUUGUUAAUGGGAGGAGCUGCCAUAGUGGAUCCAACAAUCAGGCGUAAAAAAAUUCUCAGACUUCCUGAAGGUGUUGCAGUUUGAUUUUUCCGAUCGGAGGCUGGGAUUUCCGAGUUCUGACUGCAAGUGGAAUGCAACAUUAGUUCAAAACUCCUGAGGUACUUAAUGUUUCCACCUGGAAAAUUUAGGACAAGAAUAAAUCGUUGGAUUAGGAAAAGACUAA